AUGCCCCCUGCCCCGAUCGUGAUCGUGCCGCUCUACAUCUACCCGCUCCCUGGGUCGUGGGACCCGCUGGUCCUCGCCGCUAAAGCCCACCCCAGCGUGCAGUUCAUUGCCAUCGUCAACCCCUCCAGCGGGCCAGGGCCCGACCCCCUCCCCGACACGAGCUACCAGGCGGCCAUUACCUCGCUCCUCGCCGUCACCAACAUCUCGGUGGUCGGCUACGUGCACUGCUCGUACUGUGCGCGCGAUUCAGCGGCAGUCAAGGCCGACAUCGACCGCUAUGCCGGGUGGGAGACUGCAUCCAAGGGCUUGCUCCGUGUCCAGGGCAUCUUCAUCGACGAGGCUCCCUGGAACCCAGAUCUCCGGGGACACUUGGCAGCGUAUGCACACUACAUCCGAUCGGCGCGGCUCCGGCGCGCAGUGACCGCGACAGCGCCGCCUACCCUAGAAGCUGCGGCGCCACCCCGCAAAGGCCCUCUUGUGAUCUACAACCCUGGGACGGUCGUUGCGCGGGGGUACGUCGAGGACGCCGACCUCGUCGUCGUGUUUGAGCAGUCGGCAGUCCAGUUUGCCGAGUGGUUCCUGCAUCACGGUGUCGCGGAGAUCCCCGCCCCCUUGCGCCACAAGUGCGUCGCCAUGGUGCACUCGGUCAGCGGCGGCGCUGGGGGCGCCGUCGGGAUCCUCGAGCAAGUUCGGCAUCUCCGUCUCGGCGGUGUCUAUGUCACGCAUCAGCUUGGCGGCGGCUACAACGAGUGGCCGGAGGCGUGGGACGAAUUGGCAGGUGCCGUUGUGUGA